UAUUUUUUAUUUGUAUGAAUCACCAUAACCGGAAUCAAGGAAAUUCAAAUUUUAAUUUUAUUUUCUAGAACAGGAUGGAUGAUGAUGAUCCUUGUAUGCGGCGAGACCAAAAGUUUUCCUGAAGUGGCAAGCGUUAGUUGCUACGUCCAGAGCGGAGAAGAGGAAACGAAAAGCCACAGCUUUUGAGUCCCUAUUGCAGAAGAAAUAUUGGCAUGGUCAGUCCGAGUCUUAAUAUUUCUUCUGAAAAUCAACACCAAAGUUCAACCCAACAAAGCUCGAAGAUGACUACCCAGAACGAAGAACAACUAUCUCCGCCUACCCAAUGUCAAUCACCAUCAACUAAAACCCUAACCCUAGAAAUACCCUUAGAUAUACCAAGUGCUCGUAACUCUGACCAAUUUGAAGAAGAUCAGGAAGAAGAUGAUCUAAAGAUGCUUACCCCCGUCUCUCAAUCGACAACCCCAACUCCCACCCGACGUCCUCCUACUAAACGCAAGAAACUUAACAAACAAAAACGACGCACCGCUGCUCUCGAAAAGAGGUGGUUGAAAAAGCUCGAAAUUCUUAAGCAAACCCUAAGACCAAUCCCUUUCCAACCCAACAAAAAACUACAUUUUUCCCUCCACGAAACUCUACUGAAACGAGUUGGGUUGUGGGAUUUUGUUCAUCUGGAGUUCGAUCCCAACAUCCGUACAGAUCUCAUCGCCCAAAUCAUCGCAAAUUACAACUCGAGCACGCGUAGCAGCUACGUCAACGGUACAAGACUCCUUGUGAAUCGUGCGGAUUUGUCCCGCGCAUUGAAAUUGCCGGUUAGGAAGGAUAAGAGUAACGCCAAUGUGAAUGCGUCGGACGGUUCUGCGGUGUCCUGUGAGAAAGAAUCGGAGGAUUCGAUUGGAUUUAUCCAAGAGGUAGUGUCGAAUUGGAUGCUUUUGCAUGACGACACGUGGAUGAUGCCUCAGGAUGUGCUGAAUGUGGUGAAGAUGAUUAAAGAAGGGAAUUUUGAGAAGAUUUGUUGGGCUACUUUCGUUUGGUUUAUGGUUGAGAAAGAGAUAACGAACUCAAAGUUGGAGAAUUGUUAUUAUGCUUCGCAUUUGCAGUGUUUGAUCAAAUGUCAGAAAGCGGAGUUGUUGAGAGAAGACGUCAAACAGCAGGGGAAGGUGAGAGAGGAGAUCAAAGACGAAGAAGAGGAGAGAGAGGAGAUCAAAGAAGAAGAGGAGCAAGUGAGAGAGGAGUUCAAAGAGGAAGAAGACGGGGUGAGAGAGGAGAUCAAAGAAGAAGAGGAGGGGGUGAGAGGGGAGAUCAAAGAAGAAGAGGAGGAGGUGACUGAGGAGGUCAAAGUUGAAGAGCAUGAUGUGCCAGAGGACAUCAAAGAUGGAGUGGAGGUCCAAGAUGGAAAGGAGGCGAGGGAGGAGAUCAAAGAAGAAGAGGAGGAGGUGACUGAGGAGGUCAAAGUUGAAGAGCAUGAUGUGCCAGAGGACAUCAAAGAUGGAGUGGAGGUCCAAGAUGAAAAGGAGGCGAGAGAGGAGAUCAAAGAUGAAGAGGAGGAGGUGAGAGAGGAGGUGCAAGAUGAAAAGGAGAAGGUGAGAGAGGAGGUUAAAGAUGAAAAGGAGGAGGCGAGAGAAGAGGUCAAAGAUGAUGGAGAGGAGGUGAGAGAAGAGGCCAAAGAUGAAGAUGAGGAGGACUGUGAUGGGGAUGUUAAAAUGCCCGACGGGGAUGAUGAUAGUAAAAUAACUGAGUUGGAGGAGCAUAACAUUGAGUUGUGUCUUGGUCAAGAUAAUACUGUUAAUGUGAAAGAGAAUGUUGCAAAAGAGGAAGAAGGGGUUGUGAGAGAUGAUGUUGUCAAUUUUGGGGGAAGUAAAAAUGAAGAACAACAAGAUCUGUUAUUAUUGGAUGGGAAAAAUUAUGUUCUUGAGAAUGAGCCUUUUUUGAAGGGCUGUACUCUUGGUGAUGUUAAGGUUAUGGAUUGUGAUGAGGAAAAGAGAGAAGAAAUGGAAGAAGAAGGGGAUGAAGAGGGAGGAGACGAAGAAGAUGAAGAGGAAGAACAGCAGCACGAAGUAGGAUUUGCUCUUUCUCCUGAAGCUGAUACUUUAGAGAUGGUAACCUCAGCUAAUCUUAUUCAGGGAAUGGAAGCAGUGCAAGCUCCUUUUAGUAAUGGGAUACAAAUUUGUGAGGAUGAUUUACCUGGGCAGUUUCUCUCGUCUAGGGUUGAUGCUCAUACAAAUCCAGGAGCUUCGUCUUCACAUUUUGGUAAUGGGAACAAGAGAGCUAUGGAUCAGGAUAAUGAGGUUUCUCAUCUUAAUAGUUGCAAUAAGCGGUUGAGAAGUGGAGGAUCAUGGGUUAGUAAGUCAUCAUCAGAUUUUCACACGUGUAUGGAGCAAAUACAGCAUUGGAUGGGAAAGGCUACAAUGAUGUAUGAGACAAAAGAUCAGGUUUACCAGGAGUCCAAUGUAAAUCAACAAAUGUUAAUUAAUGAAGUGCAGAAGCGGGAUAACAUGAUUGAGCACUUGCAUAAGGCGAAGUUGGAGGAACAACAUAAAAGGCAGAUUGAUGUCUAUAAGCUUGAGCAUGAACUUUUUGUUAUGGCAAAUGUCGUUGAGGGAUAUAGAAAGGCUUUGAAGGAGACUCAUAGGGCAUUUGCUGAAUAUAGAGCACGGUGCCCACAGGCUGAUGAACCACUUUACAAGGAUGUCACUGGUGGUGGAGGUUUAGUUCUAAGCACCAUGGAACUUGAAAAGCAACGUGUGAAGCAAGAAGAAGAGAGAAUGAAGCUAGAAGAAGAGAUGAAGCAAGAUGAAGAGAGAAGGAAGCUAGAAGAAAUUAAGGAAGAAGAAGAAAGAAGGAUGCUGGAAGAAGAAAUGAAGCAACAAGAAGAAAGAAGGGUGCUGGAAGCAGAACAAAUUGGGCUUGAAAAUGACAUGAAGCUAGAAGAAGAAGAGACAAUGAACCAUGUGCUAAUUGAAAAGAAAAUUAAGCAAUUUGAAGAAGGAUGGAUUUUAAACUUCGAAGCACAUAAUUGUGGGGUUCAUAUGCUUUCUAUGAAGAUCCUAGAUUUUGAAAAUGAGGUAAAACACCUCAAGGAAUUGCUUGCAAAACGAAAGGUUUCUGAAGAAUUUAAAAUGAGCUCCGAAUGAGAUUGUUUGUUUGGUGACUCUAGGAGUUUAUGUUAUAAAUAGGUUAGUAGACAGGAACAUUUAACAAAGAAAAUAUAUGUAUAUAUAGUUUCUGCACCUCUUUAUCUUUCUAGUUUAUAGAUUUAUGUAUUUAAAUCUUUAGUGUGUAUUGGCAUGUUAAGAUGGCGGCAGAUGUUUUUAUCUUUCCAUGUUGUGUGCUUGUUUCAUUUAUGAACUUACAAUUUGAGCUCCUUGUUUGA